AUGACGGCGCCUGGAAAGGAGCAGAAGGUAGCCGAGUGUCUGAACAGACUCCACUGUAUGAAUCUGGGAGGUAUCGCGUCAAACAAUGAUAUAAAGUCGUUCAUUGCUGAUUAUUUCAUUGAAGAAGAAGAUGGCGAUGACAACGAGUCAAUCUUGGAUGAAUCCGACGAAGAUUAUGAAGACUGUGAGCUGGAGGAUGAUGUGGAGUCUCCUGUUUUGGUGGUUGAACCCCAGGCUGCUAGUUUGGUGGAUCUCAAAAGUAAAGGACAACAUGAGGACUUCGCUCCCAACGCUGGAAGUCCAGACAUGAAACUGCAGAUGGGAUUUGUCUGCAACUGCAAAUACUUCAAUGGUGGAAAAUGUAGUUCAGCUUUGAAGGAGGAGGAGUUGCUGUCACUUAGGAUGAGGCAUUUAGAACUGGACAGUACUGCACUGGAUCUGGUCAUUUUAGCCCAAAUAAGAAGCCAUAUACACCGUGGUCAAGAAACCGUGAGCUCAAAAAAGGGCUCACAGAGCUCCCGUAAACGUUACCGCUUGGACUAUUUUUAUGAAGGGCAGAAAAUCUGCCGUGAUACCUUCAUGUACAUGCAUGGCGUGUUCAAGGACCGCUUAGCUGCACUACUGAAACAUUACCUGGAGAAUGGCGUUACCCCGAGGACGCAUGGAAACAAGGGAAAGGUACCCAAACAUGCACUGGAGCCAAAUGACAUUGAAAGAGUGGUGACCUUCAUACAUAAUUACGCUGAAGAAAAUGCAGUUCUUCUUCCCGGCAGAAUACCUGGUUACAAGCGGGAUGACCUAAAGCUACUGCCCUCCUCCGUCAGCAAAGCAGGCAUCCACAAGCUCUACAGCGACUCCUGUGAAGCCAGUGGUCACCGAGCUGCGAGCGAGCGGACCUUCUACCGCCUCUGGCAGCAGUAUGUUCCAAAUGUCCUCCCCAUGAAGCCAAUGUCUGACCUGUGCUGGACUUGUCAAAAGAACAGCGCUUUGUUGCUCAGGGCUGCGAAGCAAGACCUGGGAGAGAAGACGGCAGCACUGGCGAAAGCUGAGGAACAUCUGCUGCAGGCCACAACAGAGCGCUCAUUCUACAACAGCAAGGUCCAGGAGUGUCGCCAAGCCAUGGCUGAGAACGGCAUAACCAAGCUGAUGGCUCCUGGGAACACUGCACCAGAUGCAUCCAGUGAUUUGGAGGUUCACUACAGUUUUGAUUUCGCCCAGCAACUGCAUUAUCCUCAUGACCCCAUGCAGCCUGGCCCCAUCUUCUUCAAGACGCCUCGAAAGUGUGCAGUCUUUGGUGUCGUCACAGAAGGUCUACCGCAGAUGGUCAUCUUUCUCCUGGACGAGGCUACUGUAGUUAGCAAAGGUGCCAACUGUGUAAUCAGCCUGCUUGAUUUUUUUUUUGAUAAUUUUGGUUUGAAGGAGGCGCGCGUGCAUCUACAUGCAGACAACUGCGCUGGCCAAAAUAAAAAUAAUGCAGUGAUCCAAUACCUUCUCUGGAGGGUUAUAACAGGCAAGCAUCAAAGCAUAACCCUGUCAUUCAUGUUAGCCGGCCACACAAAAUUUGCACCCGAUUCAAUGUUUGGCCUGUUCAAGCGCAAAUACAGGCUUUCAAAGGCUGACUGCUUAGCUGACAUCGAGAAUGUUGUGCGUCAGGCGUCUCCUAGUGGGGUCUUGAUUCCCCAGCUCUGUGGUGAUGAGAGAGGAAAUGUCAUCGUGCCCAUGUAUGGCUGGGAUACCCACCUCUCACCGUUCUUCAAGAGGCUCCCAUCUAUCAAUCUACUCCAUCACAUUGAGUUCAAAGUGGAUGGGAGUGUGAUGUGUAAGACCUUAGCACAGUCAGAGCCAGUCACACACAAGCUGCUUAAGUGUAGUGUUGAUGAUGUCCCUGUUGGGAAACCUGCUGCUCUACAGCCUGCAGGCCUAAGUGAUGACCGGAAAUUGUAUUUAUUUAAGGAGAUCCGUGAGUUUGUAGCUGAACAAUUCAGGGACUUAGUAUGUCCAAACCCAGUAGCACCACAGGUACAGGAGAGUGUCACUGAUGUAAAUAAUAAUACUGUCAAUCCAAAGAAAACCAAAAGAAUUAAACUGGUUUAGAGUGUUGAUGCUAUGUGGUGUUCAUGCAUGUAAUGUGAUGGAAUCUGAAUAUUGCCCCAAUCUCAUACAUUUCAAUGUCCAUGCAUUUGUUUUAUCCGUGAAGGAACAACCCUCUCAUAGUUUGUAAGAGGCAAUAAUAUAUUAAUAAUAUAAUAAUAAUAUAAUAAUAUAGUUUUGUAUCACUAGUGUUGAUUGCUAUUAUCUGAUGUUGUUUUAUGUUACAUCAAUCCAUGUGACCUCACUUUCUGUGAGGGUUUUUUUUUUUAAAACCUACUCACUUGGUUUGUUCUUCUGUUCUUUACCUGUCUUGCUGUUAAUACAUUUUUGCCUAUGGCCUCCUCUCUCUCAAGCCAAUAAACAUUGCAUUUCUGAAUUCCAACUACUCUACUCGACCUGAAAUCUUAUUAUAUAAUCUUGCAAUUAGUAAUAAACCCAGUUACUAUUAAUGUGAAUGUUUCUAAAGGUCAAAAUGAAUGUUUCACUGUGGCCCCCUGCUGUACCUCUGUGAACCACAAGGGGUCAUGACCUUCACUUUGGGAUCCACUGCCAGUGAGUUGAUAUGGGUAAUGAAAAUAUAUAAUUUUAAUGUUGGUAUUUGAAACACUGAUGUAAAAAUGGUUACAUUGCACAUGUUUCUCACAUCUGCAACUUUCAUACUCAUAUUAAACUUCAAACAUUUUGGCGAGUUCUGACAGUUGGUCCACAUUAUAUUGUAAAGUCAAACAAACACAAAAGCCCAUAAGGUUGAUAUGGAUUAGCUAUAUAAAUAAAUGUAAAUACUGUAAAUGUAACUAUUGAUAUUGAUCUAAGGGUAGUUUAAUUACUAAUAUAAAAAAUAUAUAUUUCACGAGACUUUUAAUUACUGUCUGUGAAUUCUGUUUAUUUUUCCUGUAAUAUCCUGCAUUUAAUUGAAAUAAUACAAUUAUUCCCAUGGGGUAGGUAUGUAUCCCAGCUAAUGGUUUUAUCAAUAAAAUGGCUGAAUUUAUUUCAAGUGACAUGAUUUAUGUUAUUGAUUAUUGAUUAGUGUUAAUUUAACUGCUUACAUCAUCAACUUCAUCUGCAGCCACCUCCCCAUUAAUUCAGUGUAAUUGGUGUGUUUUUCGCCAUGCUCAUCAUACUAAAUAGAUCAAUUUUAGUUAAACAUGAACAUUUUUCUAUAUAUGUGUUGGAUAUCACUUUAAAAAGCAGAAUCUAAGCUUGAAUUUGGUGUAUGACACACUGCCAGGAUAAUUGUGAUUCCAAGAUGCAUCAGUGUUGAAAGCAUUUUUACAUUGGAAUUUUGCGUUCCAAAUCUUUAAAUUGGAAUUUCUCAGAAGUCCGUUUUUCUGAACCUGUAUGCAGCAUAAACUUUGAUAUGACCCUACUCUGUCAAUUUUACAGAUAUCAAGCUGAAAUUUUCAGAAUAUAUUCCUAACAUUAUGUAGAAUGGUUUUAUGC